AGCUGACAGAAUGAGAUAAGAUGGAUGAUGCCAAGACGGAUAGCUGUGCGGCUGAAAAGGACGCAGGUUCUGAUGUAGAGGUGUUCUGUUUGAUGCGAGUCGGGAGAACUUCUGACUGGCUUCGACUGUUCGAAAACACAGAGAUCGUCGUUGGUCGAGGUGUGGAUGUAACUUACCAGCUGCUGUCUCCAAGUUGUCCUCUGAUGAUCUCUAGACUGCACUGUACUUUCAAGCAAAGGGAAGAUGGACAGUGGACAGUGACAGACAAGAAGAGUCUGAAUGGAGUGUGGGUGAAUGGAAAUCGUAUAACUGCUGAUGAAGUCCAUCAGCUCAAACUUGGAGACUCCAUUCAGCUUGGAGUUCCUUUAAAUGGAUACAAAAUGGAGUUUGACUACAUCCUUGUCCAGCGGCCACUUAAAGACAUUAAACUCUACCUGGCAAAAGUGCAGAGAGAGGGUGCUAAAGGAGUCCACAUACCCAAGAAUCCCAAGAGGAAAUUGUCUGUGGAAGAAAUUGAGCCCUCUACCUCAAACCCCAAGCUCUACUGCUGCUCCUCUGCAGACAAGUCUUUUGCAAAGCCCUGCCCUCUGUCUCCAGCGAAACACCAACAGGGGUUCAGUCACAUACAGACAGAGGAAACUGGACUCAGCAGAGGAGUCCAAGAGGCAGAGUGGCCCUCUGAUGACACCAGCCUUCCUUCAGACCUGGACAACUUGCAGAUGUACAGCCAGAACAUUCUGCUGUUGCGGGAGCAGGUGGAUGACACUCAGAGGCAAGUUGCUUCUCUAGAGGGAGAACCCCGACAAGCUGACCCAUUCGGAGAGGAGCAAGUCAGGGAGCUGCAUGGUCAGCUACAGAUGCUUAGAGCCAAAAUGGACAGGAUGGCAACAUUAGAGAAGUCCUUCAGUGAAACUAGGAGGCAGCUAGCGGAACAGAAAACACAACAACAAGAGGAGGUUUUGAAAAAACAACUGGAAGGGGCUUUACAAGAGCAAAAGAAAGUGAUAGAUGAACUUGCCCUCUCUCGAAAAGCCUUUGAGCAGAUCCUCUCGGACAAAAACAAGGAGCUAGAAGUGACAAAGGAGGAGAAAGAAAAGGCAAGGGCCCAAAAAGAGGAGGUUGUUACACAAGUGACUGAAGUCCUGGAGAACGAGCUUCAGUGCAUCAUUUGCUCAGAGCUUUUUAUUGAGGCAGUCAUCCUGAACUGUGCUCACAGUUUCUGCUGUUACUGCAUCAAGCUGUGGCGUAAAAAGAAAGACGAGUGCCCCAUCUGCCGACAGGUCAUUCAGUCUGAGACCCGCUGUCUAGCACUGGACAACUGCAUUGACAGCAUGGUGGAAAACCUGAGCCUGGACAUGAAGGCGAGGAGGCAGGCCCUCAUCAGUGAAAGGAAAGGUGAGAGCAGCUGACACUACAGAGGUGAUCGUGAUCCACGAUGACAAAAGCAGCAAUAUCGAUGUCAGCAUGGUGUCCAUAGAUCGCAACCUCAGCUCUGUGAUCUCUAUAGACACAAACUAGUAUCUGUUUGGACUCCAGUUUAGCAGAGUAAACACUACUAGUAAGUAGUGUUUACUCUGCUAAAACCUUUCCAGAGUUUGAAGAUGAGCCCUUUAAUCCAGUGGACUUUGUGUUGUUUAUUUUUGCAUUUCAAUGAAAUAUUCCUGGAAUAUUUAUGAUAUUGUACACAAAGUUUAUUCUCAUCAUGAGUCCGGUAACAAGAUUCUGCUAAGGUUUGUGUUUCAUUUUGUAAAAUGAUUAAUUAUUUUGUUAAUUUCUACAAAGGGAAAUAAAGUUUCUUCCUAUGCA